AUGGAAGUAGAUCAUUAUGCUAUUCUUGGUUUACCAAGUGGUGUACAAGGUACCAAACUCUCUCUGCAAGAAAUCAAAAAAGCAUAUGAAUCAAAAGCUUUAAAACUUCAUCCAGACAAAACUCACAUGAAUUUUCAGAGACUCCAAAACUCGUAUGAGAUCCUCAAGGACACCAAAACUCGAAAAGCUUGCGAUGAUCGUGUUCGAGCGAAACAUGAAGAGGUUUUACUGCGCGAGAAAAUGAGGAAGAAAAGAGAGUUAGCGGAGGAAAAAGCUCAAGAAGAGGAAGAAAGAAAGAAUGUGAAGAUGAGGGCUGAGAUGAAGAAGAAAAACGAGCCCGAGGUUGACACAGAUUUAGAUUUUAUCCUUAAUGUAACUUUAGUUCUUUUAGUUUCCUUAGGUAUAUUUAAUUAA